AUGGAGUGCUCGGACGAUGAGAGGCGGAAGCUCCAGGCGCUCGAACGCGAGCUCAAGACCAGUAUAACUGAGCAGCUGCAUCUCAAACUGUCUCCUUGGGGCAAGCUCCCGCUAAAACUGCUCGGCAUAUAUGUGCACAUGCAGUCUGGUAGUCUGGAUAGGGCGAGGGAGGUGUGCAGGGAGUGUUUGGAGGAGAAGGAUGAGGCGAUCGGUGCUGGGCGGGGGGCCAAGAUGCACAGGGUAGCGCAUCGCCUCCUCGUGGACCCAGAGCUCCCAUUCGGGACUCAAUUGGAGGGCUUCGGUCGGCGGGGCGAUGCAGAGCUCGGCGUCGAUGUUUUGCUGGAGUUAAGGAAUUACGCCCUCUCCCCCACGGUCCUUCCAGUGAAGGGGUUGCACAGUAGAUUGUACCUUUACAAAGUGGAUCAGCAGUUUCGGAAUCUCGACGCUGAAGGGGCAACUUUUUCUACGUGGAAGAGUGAGAUCGAAACCAAGAUGAAGCCUGUUUCAAAGAAUGCGAGCGCCCUUCAGAAGCACAUCAUAUCGUUCGUCCAGGAUCGCCUCGCAGAGCCAGGAACCCUCUGGAGUAUGCCCCGACGCAUUUUCGAUCAGCUUGUCGGUGGAGUCGUUGCUGGCGUGGACCGUGAUAUUCCGUCGGAGAGAGCGCUCCUGACUUAUCUGUCUGAGUUUCACCGUGGUGCCGUCAUUGAAUACGAUUUCGCUGGCGAGGUGAACGCGUUUUUCAGAGUGGUUAACGUUGAGCCCGCGAAGUCACGCGUGAUGCAUCCAGGCCACCUCGACGUCAACAGAUACCUCGCGAGCGUUGUUGUGUUAGAGGCGGUUCCUGGGUGUAGUUGGCAGUGCAUGGGGCUCUUUCGCUGGGAGGUCGCUCGGACCACGUCGGAGCUUGUCCUUGAACCCAGUGCCAUGACUUCCAUUUGUUCCAUGAUUGGUAUUGGAGGGGUGGGCGAGCCCGACGCUGCAGUGGACAUAGCGCGCGCUCUGGUGCGGCUAGGGGCUGUGACGGGCCAUGGCGGGCCCGUCGAGGCCACUCGGUUAGCGGAAAUUUUAGGGCAUGCCGAUUUCGCAAUGCUUGGCAUGAUGUCUCAGCUCGGAACCAUAGAGAGCUCGCAGAACGAAUUUCUGGAGGACGAGUUCAUUUUGAACCCUGACCACGUGCGAUGGGUUGGGGGUAUGUCGUGCCAGUACCCUAUGUCGGCCUUGCUCACGCCCUGCGUUGGCGCGAUGCCAAGGCGGUCCAAGCUCGCGUUGAUCAAUGAACUUUUGCACCAAGGGUGGAAACUUGGGGACAGGGAUGCCUUGGAUUUCUAUGAUGGGGAAUCGGAGAAGGUGUUCUGGCCAUCACUGUUCUACGCAAGUGCGCUUUACCCCCGAGCCCUGCUCGAUGCGACGUUCAUUUUCGGCAAAGGUUUCCACAGAAUUGUGCAUGCAAUGCCGCACGGUUACUACAGAGUCCUGCUUGAGUCUGAUACCCCUGGCCCGAUCAAUGAUUUCCCUGACGUGAGAGCGCUUCGCGAUGCAGAUUUCAUCAAUUUCCUCCAGGGCACGCCUCUGCCUGCAGCACCCCCCGCCAUAGAGGACGCGCCAGUUGGCGCUCCAAUCGAGGACGCAUUGGGUGAAGUGCCCGCAGCGCCAGCACCGCUACUUGACCUUGGCAUGCUGGUGGCCCCCGCGGCUGGCCGCGGCCUGAGUGGAGCACCGUUCAGGGUGGACAUCGGGCCAUGCAGGGUGUUCUUCGACGGAUGCCCCCACCAGAGCGGCAAGCAGCGCGGGUACGUGACGUGUCAGAAUGCUGACCACGUCAAGUGUUUUAAGUAUCGGCAGGUGGACGGGG